ACACACACACUGCAACUUUAAAUACAAAUCCACAAGAGAAGAAAGCUAGUCACUGAUGCAGAAAACUAGGGAGCCCUUGCUAGGUAUGAAAAGUUAUAAGUAGCCUGUAUCCCCUCCAGCAGAUUCUGUCAUGGAGUUGUCAAAACUAUCAGACAUGACCAAGCUCCACCAGGCUGUGGCUGCAGGGGACUACAAUUCAGUGAAGAAGAUUUUGAAGAAAGGUCUCUGUGACCCAAACUACAAGGAUGUAGACUGGAACGACAGGACCCCACUUCACUGGGCUGCAAUCAGAGGGCAAAUGGAGGUGAUCCAUCUCCUGAUACAAUACGGAGCCAGACCCUGCUUGGUAACUGAUGUGGGCUGGACUGCAGCUCACUUUGCAGCUGAGUCAGGCCAUCUGAAUGUACUCAAAGCUCUGCAUGCGCUGCACGCUGCCAUCGAUGCGGCCGACUUCUUUGGAGACACGCCCAAGAGGAUCGCACAGAUCUAUGGUCAGAAAGACUGUGUGGACUUCCUGAACACGGCAGAACCAGAAUGCAGGGACCACCGCCAGAGAGGGCUGUUGGUUGAUGAGCGGGAUCCAGAUUGGGACCUCAAGAAAAAGGAGCUAGAGCUGUCCCUUCCAGUUCUGGAUCAAAACACCAACAAAAAGAAGAAGAGAAUCAGAGGCUCCACCAGGGUCAACCAUUCCAAGGCCUGGAGGAUAUGAGAAUGUAGAGCCCCAGGA